GCUGUGCGGUGCUUUAAACAUGAGCUCCACCAUCAUCUUCAUGCUUUUGGGCCUGGCUGCACAUAUCUGUGCUCUUCCAGUUCAAGUAAGACCAUGGCUGUUGCCAGGCAAUAAUUCUCUUGUGCUAAAUGAAGAAACCAAGAGGGUUAAAAGAGGCUUUUCAGGCGAGCGCUUGGCAGAAGAUGAUAUGACUGCGAUGGACAAAAUUAUGGAUACCAAUGAAUACCAGAUGACUCCCUUUGCAGACAGCCCCACUUUCAGAGAAGGCGAUAUUGCUGUCUCAAACAAAAGAAGCUCACUGAGGUGUUUUGCACGGAGCUGCUUGUGGCCAAAAUCUGUGGAUGGCCAUGUGUACGUGGCCUACAACCUUUCAACUGAGUACUCUGAUCUAGACAGAAUGGUGAUAGAAGCUGGAAUGGAGGACCUUGCUAAUGGUACCUGUAUCAGGUUUGUCCCGCGCAGCCAUGAGUCGAACUACCUGAACAUCCAGUCAAAAUCCGGCUGCUGGUCCUACCUGGGUGUUAAUGGAGGCCCUCAGGACCUGUCUCUUCAGUCUCCGGGCUGCAUGUGGUCUGGAAUCGCCUCUCACGAGCUGAUGCACUCUCUGGGCUUCGUCCACGAACAGUCCCGCAUCGACAGAGAUAAAUACAUCACUAUUCUGUGGGAGAACAUUUUGAAAGAUCAUGAGUUUAAUUUUGACAAGUACAAGGCUAACAACCUGAACACCCCGUACGACUAUGGCUCCCUCAUGCACUUUGGAAAGUACGCUUACUCUGAGGAUGGUUUGCCAACCAUCAUUCCAAAGAAGUACAUCAAUAUAGCCAUUGGCCAGAGAUUUGGUGCCAGCCCCAUCGACAAAAUGAAAAUUAAUAAACUCUACAAAUGCCACAUUUAAUGAGAAUCAACAACAAGUCUGGUGGACAUUGCGCCCAAAACACUUAAAGGAAGAAUUUCCAGGUGAAGAAUAAUGCCUUCUAAGCAGAACUGC